AUCUCACUUAAACAGCGAGUAACUCACCAUGCCUGAUCCAGCACCGAAAACAGCGCCCAAGAAGGGCUCCAAGAAAGCCGUGACCAAGACCGCCGGCAAGAAAGACAGAAAGAGGAGGAAGACCAGGAAGGAGAGCUACGCCAUCUAUGUCUACAAGGUGAUGAAGCAGGUCCACCCCGACACCGGCAUCUCCUCCAAGGCCAUGGGCAUCAUGAACUCCUUCGUCAACGACAUCUUCGAGCGUAUCGCCGGGGAGGCCUCCCGUCUGGCUCACUACAACAAGCGCUCCACCAUCACCUCCAGGGAGAUCCAGACCGCUGCUGCCAGGGUAGAUUAUAAAUCCCGCUGA